CGCCCUUCUGAGGUAGGGACGAAAGCACCCUUUCAGCUCAGCUAAGCGACGGGACCUUUUUAAACCACCUGUGUCCCUAAAUUCAACCUCCAGUGCUCAGCAUUUAUCCCUCCUCCUCUUCAUCUCGCACGUUCACCGGUUUCCCUCCCGGAAUUCACGGCCUGCUAUCCUCUACGAUGCCACCCACCUUACCCUCUGCCUCAUCCCUAUCCACUGCCGGUGGCAUCACGCUCACGCACCACGGCUGCUGGCGAAGCGCUAGCGACUUUAUCCCUUCGACGUCGCCUAGUUAUCUAGACGAUCUCAUUGCUCUCCUCGACGAGCAGGGCGUUCUUCCUUCUCUCACAUCGCGUCUACUCCAUCGCGAGAGAGAACUGUUAUACCAGCACCACCCGCAUCUCUUCACAGCUCCACCCAACGCGUACACCUAUCCAUCUCCCCCUCCUUCAUCAUCGUCAUCGCCAUCGGUGGCGUCGUUUUCCUCGCUGCCAUCACCAUCCUCAGUGUCCUCGGAUUUCUCGCGUCACCCGUCCCCUGUCUCCUAUUCUGGGUCGUACCCAGUAUCAUCAGCUCGUGACUACCCGUCGCCGUCUUCAUCGCCGCCAUCUCAACCUGGACGCCUCAUCCUUCCUGUGCCUAGUAAUCUCCCCUCUCCUCCAUCACCGCCUCCUUCACGCCGCAAGCGCAGAACCUCAUCGUCUUCCACGUCUAGGUACCACCCGUAUGGUGACCACUCAUCGGUUCAGCCGAUACUGCGACCGGCAUCGUUUGACGAGCCGCCGUCGCCGCUGCCUUCAUCGUCAUCGACCUAUUCCUCACCGUUAUCAUCGUGUUCCUCGCUGCCUCUGCCACCGCCAGACAAGCGCCGAAUCUCCCCUCCUAUGAAGCUCGUUUCAUACAGCGCAACCAACUUCCUGCAGGUCAAGAAUCGGGCAGCUCGGGACCGCAAGUUUCGUAAUGCAGCUCAGCGCUAUGCCCAGCUGAAAGCCGACGAGUGCGUCUACUACUUCGACCACGUGGAGGCCGUCUGCGCGGGCUGUAUGGUCCCCAUCAAGCUCUGCGGCAAGGGACGGUACUAUGACACCAACUGGAAGCGUCACAAGAAAAAGUGCCUGUAUAUUGAGGAUGACAAACUUAUCCGUAUCACAACCUCGUCAACGGCCGACUCGCAAGUCAGAAACGCUGCUGUCAACGUUACCCAGUAUCCGACACCACUAUAGUCGUGUUAUAGAC